GCGCAAGAAUUUGCUGUGGACAGGCUGUUUCGAAACUCUGUCACUCCAUUCUCCCGAGUCCUCUUCUUCCCCCUGUUUUCUCCUCCUUCCCUCCUCCCUCAGACUUCCUCUCCUUUUUUUAGGGUUUCCUCGAGCUGAUCCCGCUAACCUCCCGAUUUCACGUCAGUGCCCGGGGGAUCCUUCAUUUGCGAUCAGUCCUUUGGCUCUAGCAGGCUUCAAGGGCUUAACAUUUAAAGAGUCUGAUUGCUAUGGUGCUCAAUAGUGUUAAGAGAUUUGGUAUUACGUCGAUGUUGUAAAUUCCAUCAGCAACUCAGCUUUGGAGAUGUUGAAACAACCAAAAUUCCAUUUACAGAACUCCCGGGGCUUAGAAGUUUGCCUGUCAAAAUGAUCAUGUGUUUCUUUUGGCAUUUACAAUAAAUUUCCAAUUUCAACCUGAAUAUUUCAUUUCGUAAAGGAUCGAGGGUUCAUUUACCAGAGGAUACACAGGUCUCCAUGCUAACAGAGAGCAUGCUUGGAAUUUUUGCUUUGGGUAAUGCCCCACCUGAAGGUUGCUGAUGCACUUGGUGUGUUGACAAUCUGUCUUGUUAGCGUUCUGUUUCUUUUUGGACUCUUUUGCGUAUUGUAUUCUUUCUACUUCCGGAAUAAAAUCCGCAGCCAAGGGAAGGUCCAACUUUGUUAUUUCAACGGUCCGUGGAUUAUCCGAAUUGCAUUCAUCCUGUUUGCAAUAUUCUGGGGGUUUGGUGAGAUUCUUCGGCUGAGUCUUUGGAGACGUAGUGGAAGACUACUAAAUGCUAUUAACUGGAAAUGGCAGGAAAAUAUCUGCAAAUGUCACAUUGUUUCAAACCUGGGGUUCAUGGAACCAUGCCUAUUUCUCACAGUUGUAUUUCUCCUACAUGCAUCAUUGCAGAACUCAGGGACCUUGAGUCAAAAGUGGAAUAUCAAAACAUGCUGCUAUAUUCUUCUUCUCUCUCUGCCCAUCUUCUUUCUUCAGCUUGUUGUGAUAUUACUCGGGCCAAAAUUUAACAAGGAUGGUUACAAGGAGAGAUUGCCCCUCUAUUUUACAAGUGUGGCUGUUUCACCUAAGACUAAAGGCGAUGAUGACUAUAUUGCCCUCCUCUGUGCUUACCCUCUACUAAGUAUCAUCUGCACUGGUCUUUUCUCUAUCAUCAUUGCAUGUUAUUUGUCCUGGCUCGGAAGACAAGUCACCCAUUUGGUCAUAAAUAAGGGUUUGCGAAGGAGGGUCUACACAUUAAUUGUUUCUUUUUCUGGUUUCUUCCCAAUAAGGUUUGUAUUUCUUGGUCUUUCUGUUCUAUCUGCCCCAGGAGAAGCUGUCUUCGAAACUCUCACUUUCUUGGGUUUCAUAUCCUUCCUCUUAUCUGCUGGUGUGGGCAUCUGCGUGCUGGUUUACCUUCCUGUCUCAGACGCUCUGGCUUUGAGGAACCUACACAGAGACACAGAAGAUAGCAGAAGAAUAAGUGGCGGUGGUGAACUUAACGACACAAUCUCUCAAAUCACUAACAGAAGUCAUCUGGGAUCAAGUGUAGCAAACAGUCAUUGUACAAACUCAGGAAGACCGAGGUCAGUUUCUUUUCGGUCUGGGGAGGAGGGCACUCCUUCGGAGGGGUAUGUGGAGCUGAGCGUCUUCUCUCAAUCAGCCCUUCCAGAUUCACCACCUCCACUUCUUGGCUGGCCUGUGCUCUCGCUGGCAUGAUUUUUAUUUGAUUUUUUUUAUGCUAUAUAUGAUCAAAUACAUUUUUCUGCUGUAAAUUUUUUUACUAUGUAAAUUCUAAAGUUCUAAACAAGACCCCUUU